AUUAACCUUGGGAGCAGAGACUUUGCAUGUCAAUUGCGUCAACAUGAAUAAUGUUAUUUCUCCUCUUUCAGAUAUACACACAUCGUCUGUAUUCUUAGUUACAUAUAGAGGAUUCUCAACGCAUGUCGGAUUUGGCACGAACUCACAGAGACUGUGGUUAACAAUGACGCUGUAAACAAAGGCACAACAGAAAUUAUAGCAAUAAACAAGUAUCCCAAGUUCAUCAUUCGCGCACUGGAAACGCAUGCAACAGGCUCAGCAAGGAAACCGCACGGUCUCCGGCACCUGUUCGAGCUACAGCUAACAGAAUGUCGAACAGCACCGGCGUAACUGUGGUGCCCAAUGGCGGUAUCGCCGGCACAAACAAUGUGAAAGAGCCGUACAUACGUACAAUCGAAUGGAACAUGAUGAAUAAGACCAAGUUCUUUCCACUGUCAAUGCUAAGUUCAUUCUCAGUGCGAUGUUGCCUUUUCCCGCUAACUGUGAUCAAGACCCAACUUCAGGUACAGCACAAGAGUGAUAUAUACAAGGGCAUGAUUGAUUGUGCCAUGAAAAUCUAUCGUUCCGAGGGAAUGCCUGGACUGUAUCGCGGCUUCUGGAUAUCCUCAGUGCAAAUCGUUUCUGGCGUUUUUUACAUCAGCACCUACGAAGGUGUGCGUCAUGUACUAACAGAUCUUGGUGCUGGACUUAGAGUAAAGGCCUUGGUAGGCGGCGGCUGUGCAUCGCUAGUGGGGCAAACAAUAAUAGUUCCAUUCGAUGUUAUAUCUCAACAUGCCAUGGUAUUGGGCAUGUCUGCACAUGCGGGUGCAAAGGCAGAUAUAAAUCCAUUGGGUAUUAAGUCAUGGCCCGGCCGCAGUCGCUUGCAUAUAUCUUUGGACAUAGCACGCGAGAUACUGAGACGAGAUGGUUUUCGUGGCUUCUAUAGAGGAUACACUGCCAGCUUAAUGGCAUAUGUGCCCAACUCUGCCAUGUGGUGGGCCUUUUACCACUUGUACCAAGAUGAACUAUGUCGAGUAUGCCCCGUUUGGGUAUCACAUCUGCUAAUCCAAUGUGUGGCCGGAAGUUUAGGUGGCUUCACAACGACAAUACUAACAAAUCCAUUGGACAUCGUCAGAGCACGUUUGCAGGUUCAUCGUUUGGACUCCAUGAAUGUUGCGUUCCGCGAAUUAUGGCGCGAAGAAAAGUUGAAUUGUUUCUUUAAGGGCUUGUCUGCGCGUCUGGUGCAGUCGGCAGCGUUCUCUUUUAGCAUUAUUCUUGGCUAUGAGACUAUCAAGCGCAUUGCCAUAGAUGAACAAUACAAGCAUCAAAUACGCUGGUAACUGGAGCGCACAACUCUCAAAACAGAAAACCAAAUAAACUCUCCACUGCAUUUAAGCAACGUAAUGAGAAACCACCAGGAAAUUGAUUUCGCGCCAGCUUGAACGCAAAGUGGGCUCCACACUCCUGUAAAUAAUUAGUGGCAGCGGUUAGCAAAAUGCACAGGUUAAUUAGCUAAAUUCUAAAUGAUGUAUAUUUGUAAUUUAAGGCUCUUCUUUAUUUCUUUUAAUAAGUUGCUUAAAAAUUCGUAAUGCGCAGCAAUUGUUUAACGUACAGAAUGGAAAAUACAAAAAGCCCAAAAGUGUUGUAGAUGUAGCAUAAAUUUUUUUGUUAAAGUGAUUUUAUAUUUAUAUAUAUAUCGAUAAAUGCAUAUACUAGCAGUGUUAUACACCCAAGCGGACAACUAAAUUAAAUAUACGUUAGCAUUCUUGUACAUUAUAAGUCAUAGUACUAUGUAAUUGAUGAUGAUGUUGAUAACAAUGUUACAAUAAUACUUUUAUAAAGCCAUGCUGGACUUGCUAAUGCUAGUACUUACCUUACUUAAA